AUGAAAUCUUAAGAUAAAUCCUAAAUAUCUGCAGCAGAGAGGGAUUUAGAUAGAAAUAAUUUACACUCAUAACUGAAGUCUCCUCAUUUUUUUUCGAUGAGUGGUAUUCCAAAGUUUGGAAAGAACUGGCUGGAUAAUUUUAUACCAGAUGAUGAAAUGCAAAAUGUUUUUCUUACUAGUGAAGUACUAUUGCGAUAUCAACAAGGUCUAAAUGCUACUGCUUAGAUCAAUCUUGUUGGAUAAUAGGUAUCUAAGUCGAUGGAAAAUUCACAGGUUUUACCUUCAGAUCGAACCUAUAUGUAGCAAUAAAUGAUGUCAAGCGUUGCUACAGAAAUUUAACCAAUCAAGAUUGGAAUUAUAGGGUGCGGCCAACUUGGUACAAUGAUUUUAACAAAGUUUCUAGAGACUCAAAGUAUUUUAAUUUUCCUAAUAAAUCUCUAAAUCAUAGGUUAAUUUGAUGGAGUUAGACUCUAUGUCUCUACAAGACAGCCUCAUUUACUAAGAGCAUUUUAAUAAGAAUUUGGAGUAUGGGUAGAUUUUAAUAAUGAGAGAGUUGUUGCUGAAUGCGAUAUAAUUUUCCUCUGCAUAUUGCCAUUUCAAGCUCAGCAGGUGCUUAAAGAUGUGAGACCUAUCGUAGUUUAGAGACAUCUGGAUGCUUAGAAAUACAGAAACAUGACUAAGCCUCUUUUUGUUUCAUGCUUAGCAGCCACUGGAAUUCCUAAACUUAAAAUAAUGGUCACUGAAGAUACUGUAUUCCUCAAAACAUAGAUUAAUGUAGCUAUGGUUAAAGAAGACCUUUUCAGAUCUAGAGGGGAUGUAGGGAAAAAUCAUCAUAACACUUAAUUGAGAACUGAGAGUUAGUUCGCACACACUCAGAUGAUUGAAGAUUCCAAAGAUGAGGUUCCAACAUAUAAGAAGAGUAACUAAUAUAAUUACUAGCUAAUAAAAUAUUUAGAUGAAGUGUUUAAUGAUAUGAGUCCUUAAAUAAUGAGAGAUUUAGAUAGCUAAAGAAAACAAAGAGAUUCAUACCCUGAUCAAUCUUUUAAAAAAAUUCUCUCUCAAAAAGCUUUUUAAUUUGGAGCUGAAUCUGGAGUUACUGCUGAAUUCAUAGUUAAACAGGCAUCCUUUUAAUUGGCUUAGAAGCUUGAUGAUCUCUUUAUGAUGUUUGAUACAUUCUAGGAGGCAUUAUAUUCAAACGAUCCUAACGUAAAUCCAAAUAAUUAAGGUGAACAAGCUGUAUACGAAGAAAGCAUUUUGCUGACAAUUCUAGGGCAAGAAUACCACAGAUUCAUUUCAAAGGAAACUGGAGAAUGGGAGAAUGAAAAAAUCGUGCUAACAAACUUCUAUCAAAACUAUGAGGACAGAAUUAGAUAUUUGUUUCUAGCAGAGUCAUAAGCAUAUGUCCCUAAAAAUUGA